AUGAUGUUUUUGCAACCGCAGGACGACGCUCAUAAGCAACAGCAAAACGGGUAUGACCAACAGCAUCACCAUCAACCGCACCAACAGUCGUUUCUUCAGCACCAGGCACUCAACGAGUCGGACGAGGACGCUGCUCUUGCUGCUGCUGCUGCACCUGGAGGAGGAGGAGGGGACGGUCAGUCAAUGCAUUCGACUGUGGUUGACUAUGUUGAGAGUGAUCUCCGGGAUGCGGAUGCCAACACCAAGUUGCUCAUUGCCCACUUGACUGAUCUCGAUUCGGGGCUGCCCAUUCUGCUGGAACGGGUCAAGCAGAACCUACACUCCUGCAAGGACUUGGUUUCGUUUCUCAAGAAGCGGUCGGUCAUGGAGGCAGAGUACGGGACUAGUCUGUUGAAGCUCUCCUCCGGCAUGCGGGAAACCUAUCGUCAACAACAGCCAGAAGGCAGCAGUGUCUAUAGCGCCGGUAGUGGCAGUGGCAACAGCAAUGGGACUUACAUAGGCGCCAGCAGUAAUAGUAACAGCACCCCUGUGGUGGCCCAUUAUAAGCAAGGAUCAUACGGAGAUGGCUGGAACCAUAUUCUAGAGAUGCAUGAGCGAAUGGGCAACAACCGACUCGAGCUCUCAAGAGAUCUUCAGGUUGUAUCCGAGGAACUGUCGGCCAUCUACAAGGAGACGGAUCGCAGCCGUAAGCAGUUUAAGGAGGCAGGAGCAAAGCAGGAGAGAAUCGUACAGGAUCAUGAACAAAACCUAGACAAGGCAAAGCAAAAGUACGAUACACUGACGGAAGAGUGGGAGCGCACUAUUCUGCAAAAGUCGGCUGACCCCACUGCACCCAAGAAGACUGUGACCAAGGGAAUGACCAUGAGUAUUUUCAGACAGCCCAAGUCUGUCAAUCAGCUUCAUAAGCAAGAGGAAGAGGCGAGGGCCAAGGCGACAGCGGCACAUGAGCAGUACAAGACUCAGUUGGCCAAGACAAAUGAUAUGCGGCAAUACUACUUUUCCAACAUCCUCCCGAGUAUCUUGAAGAACUUGAAAGAUACAAUUGACGAGUCGGACCUGUCGCUGCAGUACUACUUGAUACGCUAUGGAUACAUGUCAGAAGACUACAUGAUGAGGGACGCCGUUAUCCUCAACCCUAUCAACGGAUCAGAUCUGGGCUUGCGCGACAGAGUUGAAUUGAUUAACAAAGACACAGAUCUUCAAACGUUCGUCCAAGCUUACUCAGUCAAAGCCAACCCUGUGACAAAGUCCGCCGCCCCAUACCAGGAAUACCUCAUGUCGACGCAAGCACAGUCAAUUAUCAACCCGAAGCCGAUCUUUGGAUGCGAUCUUGCAGAACAGCUCGUCCGUGAUGAGACUGACCUGCCCGAGAUCGUAGUCAAGUGCACGGAGGCAAUAGAACGCUUUGGCAUGGAUAUCAAAGGCAUCUACCGUGUCUCUGGAAUCACAUCUGCAACAAACCGUCUCCGUUCCGCCUUUGACCGAGAUUGCUCGGCGGUGGAUCUGAACAGUGAAGAGAACUGCGGGGAUAUCAACAGUGUCGCCAGUGUGCUGAAGACAUGGUUCCGAGAACUUCCCGAUCCACUCUUGACACGACAGCUGUACCCAGAGUUCAUCCGGGCUGCGAACAUUGAAGACCCAUCGCUCCAGUUGAUGAACUUGCAUCAGGUUACGAACCAGCUCCCGGAUCCUAAUUACGCGACACUCAAGUUCUUGAUGUGUCAUUUGAACAAGGUGCAGGCGAAUCAGGAGGUUAACAAGAUGGGGGCCUCGAAUCUGGGACUCAUCUUUGGACCGACGUUGACGAGCACGAGUGGAGGUGGGGAUGCGGUGACGGAGCUGGCGGAUAUGGGGCUUCAAUGCCGGAUCAUCGAAUCCUUACUCAACAACUAUGGUGCCAUCUUUGAUAUUGAAGACGACGAGGAAGAAGAGGAAGGAGAUGGAGGGGAGUUUCAAGAGCAGGGAGAGAAUGAGGAGUUGGAAGGAGAAGAGUACCAGGAAGAGGAGUAUGGCCACCACCAGCAGCAGCAACAGCACCGUCAUCAGGCGUAUCAGCGUGGAGGUAUGAUGGUUCACCCUAUUGACGAGGACGACGAGGACGUGGACAUGCAACAGGAGAUCGCGGAGGCACUUGCGGGGGUGAGUCUUCGUGAUGGUGGUGUUCUGCCGAAUGGGGAGUAUGAACAUGAAGGGCAGCACCAGCAGAAUGGGUAUGAUCCAACCCGGAAAAGUGCUUUUGAAGAGGACUUUGGACCACGUGAUGGCGAGGAUGUUGGUGAGGGAGGAGGGGAGCAGUAUGAGCACGGGUCGGCUGAAUCCUCUCCUGCCACUCAACGCGCCUAA